CCGGGACAGACGGGCCCAAACUCGGGGGUGGGGCAGGGCGGCCACGUGACCUGGUUGCUAUGGAACCGCGGUCACAAUCAAACCCAACGCCCCCCUCCGCGGCGGCCCCACCCCACCCCUGCUGCCCCUAGUCCUGCGGAGGGCCUCCCCCUCCCUCCCGCACACCCACGGAGUCACGCGGGCUGCAGGUGCGCAGGGAGCACAGGCCGCUGCAGGACGAGCAAGGAUCCCUCGUGUCCCUCGGGUGACCACACACCAUGUCGAUGUCAAUGAAUGAAGUCAAAGAGUCCCUCCGGGGUGUGGAGCAGAAGUACAAGCUCUUCCAGCAGCAGCAGUUCACCUUCAUCGCAGCCCUGGAGCACUGCAGGGAGAACGCCCACGACAAGAUCCGGCCCAUCUCCACCAUUGGACAGGUGCAGAGCUACAUGGAACAUCACUGCUACAACUCCACAGACCGGCGGAUCCUGCUCAUGUUCCUGGACAUCUGUUCAGAUCUGAACAAGCUCUGUCAGCACUUCGAGGCCGUGCACUCUGGCACCCCGGUCACCAACAACCUCCUCGAGAAAUGCAAAACCCUGGUUAGCCAAAGCAGUGACUUGAGCAGCCUGAGAGCAAAGUACCCUCAUGAUGUGGUGAACCACCUCAGCUGUGACGAGGCCAAGAACCACUACGGAGGUGUGGUCAGCCUCAUCCCCCUCGUCCUGGACGCAAUGAAAGAAUGGAUCGCCCACUCGGAGAAACUGCCCCGCAAGGCGCUGCAGCAUGACAUCCAAGUUCACGGGACAGCAACCACACAGGAAGGUCCCUCACAGACAGUGGAGGAGCUGCUGCAGACGAGCAUGCAACCAUCCCCAGAAAGGGGCUAAGGGGGUCCCGCCGCAGGGCCAGGGCCAGCCUGCAGACCUUUCCCCAGGGGUGGAAAGUAGGUGAGAGGUCUGUUCGGACAAUAAAACCCCAAAUUUUCAGACAA